AUGGACGUCAUCUCUCACUUGGAGAGCGAGGCCACAGCGGACGUCCAGGACCCUGAGGACAAACCUCUGCCCGCCUUCGCACUGCACCCGCACCCCGGACUGUGGAGCCCCAAGUCCCGGCGCCUGGAGGUGUCCGUCAUCCCACGGCCGCGCCCUUCCCCCGUCCGCCAGCGCAUCGACCCCUGGAGCUUCAUCUCCGCCCCCUCCCCCUCCUCCCCCCACCGCCCCUCCCCCACCAACCCCUUCAGCAGCUGCGACCCCUUCCCCUCGGCGGACUGCGACCCGUUCUCCCUGAAGGCGGACCCGGCCGGAGCGCGCCCCUCGGCCUUCGACCCGUUCUGCGCGCCGUUCCCCUUCACAUCUUCGCGGUCGGCGCCGUGCUCGGCUAACGGCUCGCCAACGCUAACGCAUCACUUCCGCACGGCGCCCGUGGACCCUGUGGCCGACUCCCCGCUCAUAGACCUGGGGUGGGCGAGCCGCGGCGCCGACGGAGCCAGAGAGAGGGCGCUGCCGAGGAAGACUCUCGGGCUCAAGCCGUUCAGGUCCCCCACACAGCUCAGGGACGACCGCUUCUAG